AUGACUACCAUGCCAGCCUCAACUGUUGCUGCAGAGGACACAGCUCAUACAACAAAUGCAGCCACCACCACAACUACUCCUGCCGACCCUUCCUCCACCAGCAACACCAACAACAACGCUGUACAACAAAUCAGCCCACCACCCACUACGAAAAAGAAGUCUUUGCUAGAAAGACUCAGACAACAAUACGGUGAAUUGGAAAAGCUAGAGGCAAGCAAUACACAACAAGGCUCUUCGUCAUCUUUAACACACACCCCAACAAGUGCCAAUGCAACUCUCUCCAUGCCUUCAUCACUACCUUCAUCUUCUUCCCAACCAUCAUCUAAUACCACCAAUGUCAAUGCACCAACGGCUGCGACUGUGAUCACAACUCCAACGAGCAAGGCAACAUCUUCGAACGGAAAACGAUUCAUCGACACAACCACUGGAGCUGUAGCUUUGCCAACAACACCUGAACCCAAUACACCCACUAGAUCAAAACGAACACGAAGAGCAAACAAAUUCAACCAACUUAUAAAUGGUGAAGAGCUUCCAACACUUCCCGAACACAUUCAAAAGAAGCUAGUCAGGCUCAUGAGUGUGGUCCGAAAGCACAAAUGGGCGUGGCCAUUCAAUCAACCUGUUGAUCCUGUGCAACUCAACAUUCCAGACUACUUUACCAUUAUUAAGAAUCCGAUGGAUCUAGGAACAGUGGAAAAGAAAGUACUCAACAAUGAAUAUAUGGACGUUUAUCAAUUUUUGGAUGAUGUUCGACUCAUUUGGUCGAACUGUUUCACUUAUAAUCCUCUCGACAGCGAUGUUUGUAACAUGGCCAAAGAACUCGAAAGAUUCUUUAAUGAAAAGUAUGAAAAGUUAAUUGGACAAGUGGGAGUGGAUACACCUCUUGAAAUUACAACUCCAACACAAUCUAUUGGAUUGGAAGAGGUACCAUUCGUAACCACUCCCUCCACUGUCAAGAAGGGAAGAGGACGCAAGAAAAAGUCUCUCACAGAAACAACUCCUUCUGCUGCAGUUUCUUCUACUGCAGCCUCUACGGCAACAAUGCCCUCCGAACAAGUCACAACACCUCGUGAAGUAACUCCAUCCAAAUCAAAGUCUUCCACAAAAUCAAAAUCAAAAACCAAGUCAUCAAGCAAAUCCAAGUCUAAAUCUAAGAAAUCAUCGGAACCAGAAAUGACCUAUGAGGACAAGAAAGAACUGAGUGCCAACAUUGGAAAAUUGGACGGAGUGAAACUUGCCGAAGUGGUUCGUAUCAUUCAACGAAUGGCCCCUACUGCUUCAAGCAAAGCCAAUGAAACUGAAAUUGAAAUCGAUUUGAACCAGUUGGAUAAUGCUACUUUGGUUGAGCUUAAUAAUUUCGUCAAACUGCAUUUACCAAAGAAAGAAACACAGAAAAAGAAGGCAACCUCAACAACAAAGAAAAAGAGAAAAACUUCUCCAGUCAAGGAAAAGAAGCCUAAGAAAACCAAGAAGGAGGAGAGUGAUUCUGAAUCAACCGCUACCGACAAUAGUGCCUCUGAAUCGAGCGCAACCGAAACAGAGUCGUCCGAAUCCGACUCUUCAGACUCCGAUUCGGAUAUGGAAGACGUAAAGACAGUUCCACCAAGCUCCAAUAAUCUUGGUGAUCAAGCUAAGCAACCCGCUGCAACAUCCACAGCGUCACUCACCAACGAAGCUCCAAGAUCUACAGCAACCACUGCCACAACUACGACGACACACAAUAACAACAUCCACCCUCCUCAUCCAAAUACCCCAAGUAGUGCAAAAGCUUUGAACUUUCCCAACAUUUCAACCAGCAAUCUGUACCCAAAUGCAACUUUAUCCACAAGUGCCACCACUCCAACCUCGCAAAAGCCAACAACAACUUCUACAGCAGGCAAUGUCAACAUUAUUCCCACAAAGAAGCAACUUGAUGCCGCCUUAAAGGUAGAUGAGUCAAGUUGGAACAGCUUGCUGGACGAAGAGGAUCAAGACAACAAGAAGCGUAUCGCAACGGAUGAUCACGCGAACUCUUCCAAGUGGAAUGAAUUCCAACAACACCAAAAGAGGCAAAGCGAGCUAGAAGAAAAGAUGAAAAUGUUACGAGAACAAAAAGAAGAGGAAAGACGUCAACAAUCACUCAAUGCUUCUCACUUUCGUAUUGAUGAGAGAGAGCUUGCUAAGAGACAGCGAGAGGAAGAAAGACACAACAAGCUCUCUGAAGAUCUUGACGCUGAAGCCUUUGCAAAGGAAAUGUUUGAAUAG